CCCCUUUAAACACGAAAUAAUCAUGGUCUACUACACUACACCAGAUACUCGGCAACUACUGCUGACUGUGUUUAGAUCCUACCGCCUGAGUUGUCAGCCAUCCGGCGUGAGGAGGAAGUGGCGUCGAUUCUCGCGCAAGGAAGCACAGACUGGCGCGCCAAUUUUCAAAGAACUUCCUGGGAGAAAAGGACGCAAAAACUGCCGGGAGCUCGCAAACAAUUAAGUCACUACAAAAUCCUUCCGGAUUGUCAUUUAGUGGCUCUGCAGGUUACCUUUAACACUGAAAUGUUUAUCACAGUGUCCAGGACAGCAAACAGUUAGUAGACAUAUAGUGCUAAAUGACUAAAUGUAAAUGUAAAUAUAGUACUUAAAUUGGCAAGUUGAUAGAUUGUCAAAGAUCAUUUAUUAUAAUAGUUUACACAAUAGAACAAGUUUUAAUGUCCACAUAUGCUGUCUAGGACACUCAUUUCCCCCUGUUUGUCAGCCACUUCGCACAUACACUGACAGAGACAGAACAACCAUGACUGUUUAAGUCUACCUGAGACCAUACCUAGUCAAUUAUUGGCGGUGACGGGGAGGACGUUGCUGGUUGGUCACCAUGUUGUCAGGUGCCCAACCGUGUUUCCAGCUGCUGAGGAUAGGCUCCUCCUUCACCGACUCGGCCCGUGACCUGUACACGUUCCGGCCGGCGCUCACGCACUCUGUGUUCCGGCUGGGUCGUGCGCCGGAACUGUGUGAUGUCACGCUGGAAUCUGCCACCGUAUCCAGGAUACACGCGGAGCUGCAUGCAGAAAGGGAGUGGGUGGAUGGAGAAGAGGAUGAGGAGGACGGCUGGAAGGUGCAGAUUAAAGACCGCAGUAGUCAUGGUACCUGGGUGAACGAUGUCCGCCUUCAGGCGAGUGUCCAAUGGGAGCUCUCGGAUGGGGACACGCUCACCUUUGGCAGCCAAUCGAAGUGCGGGAGACCAGAGUUCUACUUCCUGUUCCAGAAGGUGCGUGUGCGCCCGCUAGACUUCGAUGCUAUCACCAUCCCCAAGGCGGGCUCUUUCUCUUCGGACAUCCAGAACCGGAUCAGGACCAGUUUGGACCGGAAGGCGGCGGCCAACCUAGACCUGUCCACUCUAUCCAUAAACCGAGCCACCGUCAUCCUUAACUCCAUCGGCAGCCUGAGCAAGAUGAAGGGCAGUCCCUGGACCUUCAAGAGGAGUGACAGCAACACCUCUGACCCCAGCUCCAACUCUCCUCCUCCCUUCUCCCUCCUCCCUCCGUCUACCCCUCCUCCCUUCUCCCAUGGGACUUCCUCGGCGAUGACCUCUUCUAAGUCAGUCCCGCCUUCGUCGAAGAGCCGGCGUAAGUCCGCCCACACGGUGCUGCUGGAGGACGACAGCUCUGACGAGCCCCGGAACCCUGGGGGUGGGCUGGGGGAGGGGCUUAGGCCCAGGGGCAAGAAGAGGAGGCGGCUCUACAAGUCAGAGUCCGAAGGCUUCAACCCCAUGCCUCCACCAUCCAGUAAGAUGUUUGAAGAUGGACGUUUCUUUCCAGAAGUCCGACAGCCAUUCGACUUCAAAAACCGACCCACCAUCGGGAAUAAACCAAUCAAAAACUGCCAUGGCGCGGUAGCCAACGUCAAGCAGAACCAUGUGACUUUCAGCUCCAAUAAGAGACGAGAUAUGAUGGAUUCUCGCCACAGGAUUGGCUCGCACACUAGUAUAACAGUCUCAACAUUGCACCAGCAGAAAGCCUUCUCUACCUCAGCUUCGCGUGGAAGGCGGAGGGCCCACAACUCCCCUGCAUACUCCCCCCUGGUGGUGGGAGGAGAGAACUACACUCUGGCCUCGCCCUCCCUGAGGAUCUGUAAAGAGGAGAGGGGGAGGGCCCAGUUUGCCAGGUUCCACGUAGCUUCUGGGAAGCGACGAGGCAGGCCCAGGAAACACCUUCCUCCCCCGCGGCCCUCCCUCCCCUCUCCCUCCUCCUCUUCCUCCUCCUCCUCCUCUUCCUCCUCGUCCUCGUCGUCCUCCAGCUCCUCGUCCUCCUCCUCUGAGGGCGAGGAGGACGAGGAGGAGGAGGAAGGCGGGGCCCCGGGGGUGGAGGCGUGCGCGGCGCCGCGCUGCCUGCUGCCCCAGCAGGAGACAGUCCAGUGGAUCCAGUGUGACGUGUGCGACGCCUGGUACCACAUAGACUGCCUGCACUGCGACCGCCAGAGCCUGCUGCUCGACCCCAACGCCGACUUUCAUUGCGGUUGCCACUGACCCCCCCCCCCCCCCCCCCCCCCCCCCCAUCCCAAGAGGCAAGAAUGACCACUCUGGCCCCUCCUCCCCCACCUCUCCUCCUGUACAUUACCAGUACUGGCCCCCACCUAUCCAGGUUGUGGUUUUUACCCAUCCCAUGUUCAUACAGUUCUUUAGCUGUAGGGAUAUUUUUGAAUAGGAAGUCUGUGGUUGAAAUGGCUGAUUGGAGAUCAUCUUGGAAAGAAGAUGUUUGAGGAGACUUCCUGGGUCUGUGGGAAGAUCAGAGCACACAAUCAGAGCAUGCUAAGAAUGUUUGGAUUGUACCACAAUGACAGCAAGACACCAGUCUUGACACCUCUGACAUCAGAGGGUGGGCAGCAAAAAAAAAAUGAUUUUUUUUAAUACAAAUAUACAUGAUUAUUGAAUGAUGGGAUGCAGCCUCCAGCUUUCUUUGGGGGGGGUGUCAUGUGACAUCUGGCCUACAAAAUGGAUUCUUGCAUGCCUAAAGUCUGCUUGGGUUUCUACUAGGAUCUGUUAACACUCAUCUUCAGCUUUACUGUUUUAAACAAGACUCUUCACUGCUGCUGAUUAUGGGGUGGGCAGUGAAGAUGUGUUGACCUUGGGGGUGUGCCCCAAAGACGGGAGAUUCAGACAUGCUCGUGAUUGGGAUUAGUGGUGUGGAAAGAGAAGGAGCAGGAAAAGCAUUGUGAUGGUUCCUAGAAUCCUCCGUUACAAAAGAGGGUUACCAGGGAGGGGCAUCUGGUUUUUCAGUGUUCAUUUCCCCCCCCCCAUGCACAUAUCUGUAUAUAAAGUUGCUUUCUUUGUUGGAUAAAUGACCAAGCUUUAUGACUGAUUUACAACAUCUCUAACUCUCAAAAGCCACAGGUUCAUACAACACAAGUCUUUCGGGGUAAGUCAGAUCUAUGUGAGUUCCACUGCCUUCGUUUGAACAAUAUUCAGGUCAGCUGCCUCUAUCAGCGUGUUAUAUUCCAGGUUGGUUAUUAAUCCCAGAUAAAAUACACCUGUGUCGAUUUGUCAGGGACAAA